AUGGCGGUCGGCUACCUCUUGUGGUACGCUAUGUUCAGACCGCCGAGCACCAGCGUCUGCUUGCAGGAUUACCACGCGAAUCUCGAGAGUGUCCGGGCAAACGUCUCGGCCGUCGUCGCAGAGAAGUCCUUGGCGAAUGCAUCCCAGGCGAAGAUUGACUGCUUCUUGGCGAAGUACAAGGCCAUCACUUUCGACCUUGCGAACUAUUCUGACGAUCCCGUCGCCUACCAGUGGAAGAUGCAGAUUGGGAGCAAGGGGCAGAUGUCGGAAGUCUUCGCCGAGCGCCGGCAGAUGAUGUCUGCAGACAACUACCGGCAGCUCUACGACUUGCUGAAUGCUGAUGGGGUGUGGGCUUUCUUGUACUCCCGUUACUAUCCCGAUGAAGUUCAGGAGGAGCUGAUGCAGGUCGAUCUUCGAGAGACGUCCAUGAUGGUCACGAUGGUGAAAAUGCCAGAGUGCAUCGAUGAGAUGGUCGACACGUACCGUUUCGAGAACUACGAGAAGUAUUACUACUAUGCGAGCAAUGUGAAAGACACCGCUCGAAUGCACAAGGCCUCCGAAGAGGAGUGCGAGACGCCACCAGCCUAA